CGUUGAUGUAACGGUAUUGUCCACUGGCUGUCUGAAGGCAACGCGCAUAGAGCCACUGUUGUUAACAUCGAAUACCUCGAACUCCAAGAACCCUCAGUCUUCAGCUUGAACACGCCUCUUCUCUACACUUAAACCUCCCUCUUCCGAUCCUAUCUCAACGAUUCAACGCGAUGGAAGCACCUGCAAUCCCAGCAACGCCCUCACCAGAGGACAGAGCGCGUUACGAAGCAGCGCGCAAGGAACUCGAGGCAGCGUUAAAGAAGAAACGAGCAGUUGAUAGACAACUCGCCCAACUAGAAGUCCAGAUCUACAACUUCGAAGGCUCCUACCUCGCCGAAACAGCCCAACACAGCGGGGGUAACAUCAUCCAAGGAUUCGACGGGUACCUCAAAACCCAAAGUGUCGGACGGAGGAGACACGAACCGACCGAUGCGGAUAGGGUGUUCUCUAAUAGCUCGUUGACGUAUCAGAAGAGCCUCGAACUAAUGGGCGAAGCAGACUCCGACUCCCCCCAACCCAACCAAGUCCCAAACCCAAACGCCUCCCUCCCCCUCCAACUCUCCUCAAUCCCAAACACCCUCCCAAGCUCCCUCUCCCUCUCCAACUCCCUCUCCCUCUCCAACCGAUCAACUCCAGGACUCGGUGGCGUCGGUGGAGCCGGAAUCGGAGGUGGGGGGUUGACGUCGAUUGUACUUCCACCACCAACCUCCCACCCAUCUUCCACCUCCACUCGCGACGGAGGUAGCGGAGGAGGAACAGGAGCAGGAGGAACAGGAGGAGGAAGUCGAACACAAACAGACAAAGAAACCCAACAACUAAGCGCAGCCGCCCAAAAAAAGGCCCGUGAUAAAGAAUACCAACGCCGAAAACGUGACGCAGCGAGACAGAGAAGUGCAGCGUUAGCUGCACAGGCUGCUGCUGCUCAAGCUCAAGCUCAAGCUACUGCACAGGCUCAGGCGAAUGGUCAAUCUGGUGGUACGGCUGGGAGUGGAGGGAGUGGAAUGGGUGGAAAGGGUGGAAGUGGAGAAGUGGGGAGUGGUGGGGAGACGGGAGGAGGAUCAGAUGGGACGAGUGUGAGAGCACGGCCGAGUAAGAAGCCUAGACAGGCGGACGAUGAUUAGGCAGGCAUUGAGUUGAGUAUAGAUUGGCGGGUUGUGGUAGAUUCAUUUUUGUGUAUAGAUAGUAUACUUUCGUGUUGUAUGAGUAUUCUUUCGG